GACAAAUUACGCAUGCGUGCUUGCACUGUUGAAAAUACAAGAGCAUGCUGAAUGUUGAACAGCAAAAAAUGCAUCUUGCGGAGGCUCAUCACGUGUUUUCUGCAGUGUGAGCGAGGAAUAUGACGUCAACAUUCAUCACGUGAUCACCAGUACCAGUAGUGUUCAAUAUUAGUUGUUUGUUUAUAAUGCAGCUACGAAUGUGGUUUGGGUGAAGCCUGUAGUAGUCACUGGCUGAAAUGAAAUUCGAUUAUAUGUACAGCAUGAAAUGAGCCUCAUAGAAACAUUCUGAUUUGAAGAUAUCACCUCUUAUUUGAUGACACACCAGAAACGUAGUAUCAAAGACAGUUUCAUCAACAUUGAGAGUGCACGCAAGCCAUAUGAAACUCAAGAAUUGGCUCAGACUCACAAAUUGGCAUAUGCUGUCAGCAACAAACAAUAAAUGGAGCACUGAGCUGCCCACAUUCCUGAGUCAUCAGUAUCCAUUUAUGGCUCUGGAGAAAUGAAAGAGAAUCUUAAUCUGUGUUGGCACUGAGAAUAAUGGGUGUACAAGUGACAUUUUUAUUUUUGGUGGUCUCAGUUGUGAGAGCACAGGCAAAAGUUGGCAAUGGAGAAGCUGCCUCAGCCUGGGCAUCCAAACUUGAUACCGAGAUACCAGCUUAUUGUAAUGUGCCACCAAAACAAGACUGGAACAUAGUAUCAUAUUCUGACAAGCAUGGGGACAUGGUGCCAUCUUUGGACUCAAGUGCAAUCUCACUUGACAAACUCUUUCACGUCUCAUCGUACCAGAUUCCAGAAGUAAUAGAAAACUUCUCAAUAUUUAAGACAAUAUCUGGUUGCACAUGUGCUGUGAAAGAUGAAACAGCAUUGUGUAAUGAGUUGCACAUGAAUCAGAUACCCUCAUGUGUUGGGAAUAAAUCUGCAGCAGUUAUUCUGAUAUCACGAAAGGUUUCUGGAAUUACUGCAGAAACGUUUAAAUACACUCCAAAUCUGGAAUAUCUAAACUUAACUAAAGUGGGUUUGCGACAGCAACUGUCAGCUGACAUGUUUUCGCAGUUAUAUAAACUGAAACAUUUGGCAAUACAAGACCAUGGGAGCAUGCCAGAGUUGCCAGAAGAUGUGUUUAAAGGACUUGGUGGAUUGGAAAGCUUGUACUUGUAUAACAAUGGACUCCUGCUUCUCCCUCCUAAUAUUUUUGCACCACUGACCAAGCUGCGACUAUUGAACUUAGCUGAUAAUAAGUUCCGAAGGCUGCCAACAGGAAUAUUUGACAAGAAUUUGGAACUACGUGAGCUUAUACUGAAUGGAAACCAUUUGAAGAAUCGUUACAAUCCACACUUGCUAAGCCACAAUGCAGAACUUCGAGUGUUGCUGAUGAAAGACACACACUCUUCUGAGCUAAAUGUAAAUUUGCUGGAAAGUACAACAAAACUACGAUGGCUUGAUUUGUCUGAUAAUUACUUAAAGCAGUUACCUGCAGCUGCACUUCAAAACUGUCAGAAGCUCAACCGCCUUGGUAUUACGGGCAACAGACUGGAAAAUCUUGAUGUGGAGCUGCUUUUACAGCAUAACAUAGGUCUUCAGAGGUUGGAUCUACGCGGUAACGAGUGGAAUUGUAACUGCAGUAUUAUUCCUUUAAGUGGCUGGACUUUGGUCCGUGAAGAGGCAGUGGCAGGAAGGCCAGUUUGUCAGCAACCACCUGAAGUUGUGGGAACACCUUUACAAGAGUGGUUUUGUACCCAUGGUAAUGUAUGCACCACUUCCGGUUUGCAGAAAGACUUGAGUGAGUUUGUUGAACUAACAGAAGCAAUAGCAGACAACCACACAUUUUUGGAACCAAGAAAUAUUUCACAUAUUAUUAGCAACUGUUUCUUCUUUGGAAUGUCUUCUGAACUAGGGUCUAGCAUUGACCUAGUUGUUGGGCGUUUUACACAUUUGUUGGGUGAUAUACACCAAAGAAAGCAUGGCACUGCCACUAACAAGAGGGGACCUGUUCCCCAAAUAGAUACUGCUGCACUUGCAAGACAAGAACCAACAUUAAGAUUCUCUUAUAUCUUUCAGAAUAUUCCUGAAAACUUAAAAGAGGCUGUAAAUGCUGGCUUAGAGGCUGAAAUUAUUUCAAUGUUGCAUUCAAGUAAUUCUCAAGAGACUGCCCCCAGUAAUGCCACUUCCAGUGUCAGGAUAGUUAUAGGCCUUCGGGAAGAAUUUCGUAGAAUUUUCUCUGUAUAUCAGAACUGUUCUUUCCCUUUUGUGAGCAGAACUGAAAUGGAAGCAGCUUUUCCUCAGUCUUCAUCAGCUAUUGGAUUUGUAGAUGUGAGUCUCUACAUUUACUUAGCUGUAUUAGUAAUGUGGGCUCAAUAAAUGGAGCCACACAUCAUUGCCUUGCAUCCCCAGUCUGUGAAAAUAAUAAUAAUAAUAAUAAUAAUAAUAAUAAUAAUAGAAAACUAAAAGGCUUAUUUUUCAAAUAAUAUCUUUCUUGUGAUAUUACCUUUAGAAGUGGUUUUGCUUUAUCUGCAAGACGAAGCAUUGAUCUUAGAGGUUUAAAAAGUCUUUCACAAAAUUUUAAAAUACCACUAUAGGGGUAAUGUAUCUUUUUUGCGUGCCCUCUGGUGGACGAGACUUUACUUGCGGCAACUACUGUCCAUGAUGCACCAUGGCGAUGUGCGCCUCCCACGAUCUUACUGGUGGCUACUGCAUUUCCCACCCUUCCAAACACUGCAAAUCUAUAAUACAGGCAACCAUGACCGAGCAUGCUGUCAGUGAAAAUCUGGUUAACCACAUGAGUGCUACAUUACAUGAUCAAUAACUCUGCACCUAGCGUAUGUUUUCUGAUUUGUUUCAAGAAUGGGAAUACGGUGCACUUUUUGCAUAAAUAUGUAUGAAAAUCAAUGUUAAAGGUGAUGCUAAUGUCAAAAAACUUAAAAUGGUGGAAAUGUUGUAGCACAGAAUCAUUAAUGAUGGAAAAGCAUUGAGAGAAUAGGACUUCUGCUGGGACUGACAAAAAUGAAUGUAAAAUGUAGUAAAACAUAAAUCCAGGAACAUAAAACUGGGGUUUUACUGCAUUUUUGACAAUCAGUCAUGCACUUCAGCUUUUUGUACUGUUAAGAGCAUUUGAAUACUGUGUACUGGAUAUUAUUUUCAUGGUGUAACUGUACUUGUAUAUGAGGUCUGUGUGGAUAAUAUGUCACAAUGGUUUAGUCAACUCAUGCAGAUAUCAACAAAGAAUUCAACUAUUAUGACGGUCUUUUGCUUACAUCAGUUUGAAUUUUGUUUUCCUUGAACUUAUGUUAUCCUUUUGUCAAGUCAAUAUACAGUAUUAUGACUGUGACCAUCAACUCAUUCUAGCCAAACAGUAAUUUCCAGUCUUGCUUGUCCAUUGCAUUGUUUGUAAUGUUUGCCAAAUAGUGAAUAGAUCUAAUUAUUCAAUAAUCUUAGUAGAUUCUUUUCUUAACUCUGUUUUGUCACGUGACUGUUUUAUCUAUUUCUAACUUUCUGAUCAUUACCUUGCUGUUGUUCAUUUUCUUAGUCCACACAUCUCAAAGAACUGCUGUUUUACAAUUUCUUCUUCACAGUGAGAGGAACCUUUUUGAACCAUCCAAAUUGCCUUAAGCACUAAUAUUAACAUUCUGCAGUAUCAGCCAAUGGUAUUCGAGUCCAUAUUUCUACUAAUUAGUAUAUUAUUCUGAGCUUUGAAAUUUUGUAAAUAGUUUGUACACUUUCUAGUGAGUGUUUUUAGUUCUAUUUUUGUUCCUUUGAUCAAAUUAUCUUUUUGGAAGCAUAUAAGCAUCUUAAAUGUUAGUUGGAAGAUAAAAAUAUAUUUAUCUUCCUUUUUAUUUUUCUGCUUGGUUCCAACACGCCUACCAAAGAUUGUUAGUUUGUACACCGAAAGAUUGUUAUUAUAGAUAGAUGACCUCCACUUACAUUGUUUUCUAUGACAAACUUGUCUUACACCUGAAAAUUUAAUGAGGCUUCACAGUGUGAAUUUAUAUUAUAUUCCAGUACACCUUAAAUUCUUACUGUUAUCACUGUACAGGCAUUAUCAUUACAUGUCACUAUAUCUGCUUUACCUGUUAUCUUACACUCAUAUUUUAUACUUUCACUUUACUGUACUUUGUGGCCAUAAUUAUUAAUAUAAUUUUACUUGUUGGUACAACUGUUGGACUAGUCCUGCAUAAACUGAAUGUUAUAUGCCUAAAUUAUAUAUGUGCUUUUCUUGCAUUGGAAUGGUGUUUUCCCCUUCUAUAUUGUUUCUGCUGUAAGGAAAUUUAAAAUUCUUGAUCUGGAGUCAGUAUUGUAAGACUGUCUUGCCACUCAUUGAUAAUUACAAAAUGUUUGUUUUGUAUUUAUAGACAUAAUUCUUUGCUUCAUGUACAAAAAUAUCAUAAAACUUCAGAGAGAUAAUUUCUCAGUGUUUUGAUUGUAUUAGGACCAUCACUUUAGUUCUAGAAUUAGUCUGAUCUAAUGUAUUUUCAGCUUUUUUAUACGUUAUAAUUUUGCUAAUGCUCUGUACCUGAUAGUCAAUUUUAAACUCUGUUUAAGUAAUAGAAAGUGCUAUGAUCUUUGUUAUUUGUUUUAAUGUAAGUUUUAUUUUUAAUAUUUAAAAUGGCAUAUGUACACCAUUCAUAAGGCAGAAAAACAGAUUACAAAAAUGAAAACAGUUACUGAAUAAAAUCUGUCUUAAAUAAUGAUAAAAAUGAUCUAGAGCGUUCAGCUUCUUACUCUAUGAAAAUAUUUCAGAGAUUUUAUAAUUUUUGUUAUAAUCAAUAUAUUUAAUUUUAUCUCUACCUUUAUAUUAUUCUUUUAUAUGUUUGUACUUGUAUAGCUUUAAGAUACAUGCAAAGAUUUGUUGUAAGAUGAGAGAGUGUAGUUCUUUAAGAUUGGUUAUGUGAUGGUAACCUGGAUGCUGUGUCUGAACGAGAAGUGAUUUGUUCUUUUUCUAUUAUAAAUGCAAUUUCUGUGGUAGACACAAAUGUAUAAUUUAUAAAACCAUUAAUGGGAAUGAAAAUAUUUAAACACCAAUAAAUGGUGGAACAAGUAUGGAA